AUGUAAAAAUAAGAUGAUUAAUCUAAAAAGUCUCUUGAUGAUUAAUAAAAAAAAUAACUCGAAGAUUAAAGAUUAAAAUUAGAUUUAUUGCAUUGCUUUGGAUCUUUAUGUUCAAAUAAUUAUCGAAAUGCAGUCGGAAUUAUAGAAGAAGAUGGAUAUAGUAUAUUAUUUCCCGUUGGAAAAUAUAUAGCAAUUAAAUAAAAUGAUAAAAACGACAUGGCGUUUAUGCGAUUAAGCGAAAAUUUGGAAAAAAUUAUGUGUAUGGCAAUAUCCCCUAACAAUAAAUUUAUAGCGAUAUGUGAAAAGCAUAAAAACGAUGAUAGUUAAAGUAAAAAAUGUCCAUAAGUGUUUAUAUAUAAUAUAAAAUCUUACACAGUUAAAGCUAAUUUGUAAAAUGAAAAAAAAUUAUUUUCUUAUCCUGAUACUUCUUCUCAUACUUUUAUUUCUAUGGCGUUUUCUUAAGAUUCCAGAUUUAUGAUUUGUCUAACGGAAAGCCCAGAAUUUAAACUUGUUUUCAUUGAUUUGUUGGCCACUAAAAAAGACGUUGCAGGAAUUAUUUUAGGAAUUCAUGUUAAUAAAGUCAGUAUUUCUCCUUAAGAUAACCACAUGGUAGCCAUUUCAGGACACUCAUGUUUCAAAAUAUUAAGAGUUUAGGAAGGUUCAUUUUCUUAUGUUUGUGAAAGUGUUAGAAGAUUACCUUAUACUAAUAUUUUAUUUACCGACCAUAUAUGGUUAGAUGAAGGUAAAAUCGCGUUAAGUAAUGAUAAAGGAGAAAUUUUCAUAAUUUAUGAAAAUGAAGUUAAAUAAUAUAUAUAAAAUGCUUUUGAUAUACCUUCUUUAUCAAUUAAUUGUUUAGCUAGGCUAUCUAAAGGACUAAUUGUGGGUUCUGAAAAUGGAAUAUUUUCUUAUUGGUUAAAAAAUGAGAAUGUAUAAAAUUAUGAUAAUAAUGAUUUCUAAAUGAAUCAUAUUAGAUGUUGGAGUAGUGAUAGAGGUGUGGGAUGUGCUUGUAUUUCUAUUAGUUAAAAUGAAGAUUUUAUGGUUGUUGGAUUUUUAAGCAAUGAUAUCGGAGUUUUUGACUUAACUAAACUUAUUCCUUAAGUACCUGAAUCAGUAAUUUAUAUGUAUAUAUUUUUUAUAGUUUUAAUGUGUAUUUAUUUAAAUGUAUAGGUUGAAUCUUUGAAAAGUAAUAAUAUUUAUAUGGAAAAAAAACUUAAGUUUGAUUAUGUUUUUAAUGGGUUCCAUUCAGGGCCAAUAAAUUGUCUAGAUGUAUGUCUUUAAAGGCCUUUAAUUGUUACUUGUUCAUAGAAAGAUUCUACUAUAAGAAUUUGGAAUUACGUGAACUUUAAAUGUGAAUUAGCUAGUAUUUUUUUAAAAAAAAUUGUUUAUUUUAUUUAAAAUAUAUAAAAAGGAAAAUUUAUUACAGAUAAUAAAGAAAAAUCUCCUUUAUUAAGUGUAGCUUUUCAUCCUUCUGGAUAUUAUUUAGCAGCUGGGUUUAUUGAUAAAUUUAGAUUAUUUCAUGUAUUAAAAGAUGAAUUGAAACCUUAUAAAGAAUAACCAAUAAAAAAUGUUACUUUUUUAAAAUUUUCAAAUGGUGGAUAAUAUUUGGCUGUUUGUUUUCCUAAAACAAAAAAUUAACUAAAUUAAUAUUCAAUUAAUAUUUACAAUGCCUAUUCUUUGUAACUUAUUGCUACUCUUAAUGGGCCUCCUAGUUAGGUAAGUGAAAUAGUUUGGGGGCCUUAUGAUGAGUUUAUUAUUAGUUGUUCACUUGAUGGAACUAUUUAUAGAUGGGUUCCUGCUUUCACUUGUUUUCAUGGAAAUACUAAUAUUAGUAUGAAUAGAAGUGAAAAAAAGAUUAUUGAGAAAUCAAAUUUAAAAUUAAUAAAAAAUGAUAUGGCUUAUAUGUAUUUAAUAAAAAUAGGUAAAGGAACUGUUUAUGGAUUUACAGAUUAAGUAGAAUUAGAUACGAGGGAUAAAUUUAAUUUAUAACAUGGAAAUUAAAUUAAUAAUUUUUCUGUUUCAGAUAUGGAUUAUGAAUUAAAAAAUUAUAGAAUAACCUAAUUUUGUUUUCUUUAAAGUUUUUAUAAUUAUUAUGGAAUUAUAGCUGGGACAAAUACUGGUGCUAUAAAAGUAUUAAAAAAUAAUAUAUUUUUGUAAAAUAAAAUAUAUUAGGUUUUUGGACAUCAUUUUAGUACUAUUCCUUAUGAAACUAUACAAGCACAUUGUGGAUAAGUUAUGUAAAUAAGAGCAAGUCCUGAUGGCCGAUUUGUAUUCUCGACAGGAGAAGAUGGGGCUAUAUUUAUAUUCUAAGUUUCAGAAAUUACAAAAGAAGGUCAAGUACUAACUAAGAGAACUGGAGAUAUGAAACCAGAACAAACAGCUAUAACAGAUGUAAUAAAAAUACAUAUUUAUAUCAUCUUUAAAAUAAAAAAGAAUCCAAAAGCAUUUGUAGUAGAUGAACAUUUGGCAGAUGUACUAAUGGUAUAAAGAAACGAAAUAGAAAAUUAUAUAUAAGAAAAUGAUAAAAUCAAUACUUAGUAUAAGGAAUUUUAAUAAAGGAUGAAGAAUAUUAUAAGGGAAGAUAAAUCUCGUUUGGAAUAUAAAAUAUCAUAAAUGAAAGAUAGUUAUGAGGAAGAAUUAAAAAAAGAAAGAAGAAAAUAUGAUGAACUAUAAUAAAAUAAAUAAGCUAUGGAAUAAGAUUUUUAAAUAAUGAUAAGUGGAAUAGAAGAAAAAAAUUUAAAAACUGUUGAAGAAUUAGAAGGACUUUAUGAGAGAAAAUUGUCUUUUGAAAAUGAUAAAUAUAUUUAAUUAGAAAUAAUUUUGAAAGAAGAAAGAGUAAAAUUUGAAAGGAAAACUAAAGAAUUAUUGGAUAAGCAUGAUUAUAAUUUAAAUUUAUUAAAAUAGGAAUUUAAUAUAAACUUUUCUAGUGCUUAAAGGGUGUAUGAAACUAUGAAAUAAACAACAGAAGAUGUAAAAAAAAUAUAUGAAGAAAAAAUUUCGUAAUAAGAGGAAGAACAUGAAAACGAGAAUACUCAAUUAUAAGAAAAUAAAAAUAAAGAAAUAAAUGAACUUUAAGAAAAAAUAUAAGAAUUAUCUUCCAAAAAUAAAAAAUUGUAAAAUCUAAUAGAUUGUUUAAAUGAAUAACAUUAAAAUCUCCUAAAAUCGUUAGAAGAAAAAGAAAUUAAUUUUUUAAAUACUAAAUAGCUAUUAAAAGAUUAGUAAACCAUGUUUGAAAAUCUUAAAAAUGAAUGUAAGUAACUUGAAGAUAUUACUAAAAAAAAAGAAAAAAUAAUAUAAAAUUAAAAGUUCACUAUUUCUGAUCUUUAAAAAUCUAAGCAUGUUCUUUAAUUUAGAACGACUGAAAUGCGUUAAAGCUUAGAACCAAAAGAAGAAUAAAUAGAAAUACUAAAGAAUUAAUUGUUCAAAAUUGAAAAGGAGUUUGAAGAUAUGAUGCAGUUAUAGUAAAAGUAGAGUGAAGAAAUGCAAAAAAUGUAAAUUCAAAUAGAAAAUCUGAAAAGAAAUUUAAAAUAAUAAACAGAAAUAACUCGUUAAAAAGACAUUUUAAUCUAAAAAAUAACAAUUGAAAUUCAUAAUUGUGUAUAAGAAAAAGACAUAAAAGAGUGGGCUAAUGAAAUGUAGAAAUUAUAUUAAACUUAUGUGAAAAAUUAAGAAAUAAAAGAAAAUACUUUAAAUGAAAAAGGAGUAUAAGAAAUGCAAAAACAAAUAUAAUAUUUGGAAAAAUCCAUAUAAUAAAUAGAUAAAUCAUCAUAAAAAUCAACUAUUAAAAGAGAUAUGGAAAUAUACAAAAAAACAAAGGAAAAUGCUGAAUUAAUUAAUGAAAUUAACGAAAUAAGGAAAAAUAAUAAAGGAUAUUUGGAUGAAAUUUAGAGUCUAAAAGCACAACUUAAAAAUAAUGAAAAAGAAUGCAAUAAUUACAAAAACGAACUGAAAAGAAUAAAAAAAUAACAUUCUAAGAGAAAAGAUGGAAACAGUAGUGUUUCUUAUUACAAAAAGUUUAAUAGUAUUGAUGCUAGUAGUUUAGAAAGUUCUCUCUUUAACAAUAAUAAUAAUAGUGAAUCUAUGAAUAAUUAAUAUUCAUUGCCUUUAAUUAAAUAAUAAUAAAAUGUUAAGUCUUCUUUAUAAAAUAGUUUAUAAAAAGGGAAACUUAUUAGAGGUUUUAAUUAUGAUAAAAAAACUUAAGCGACUUUUGAUAAGGCUAAAAUGAUGGAUUUGUUUUCUUAAAUAGAAAUUAAGGAUUAAAAAAUGUAUUAUUAAGAAAAAUUCAUUAGAAAAUUAAAAUCAAAAAUAAAUUAACAUAUUUUAAACUUCUCUUGCGAUGAUCCAAAUUUUGAAGAUUAUAAAAAUCAUGAUGAUACGACUUAAAUAUAAAAAACAUAUAUAGAAUGA